AUGCAAUUUGGUGGACCAAUGAGAGCAAAGGAAAUCUGUGUCAUAUAUAUGAUAUCGCGUAAGACCUGCGCAAGUGCAGUGCUGGCCUUUCGACCAUAUAUAAGCAAGGGUAACCAGCCCGCGGAGUUAUUUUGCUUCAUAGCUUUACUUCUUCCUGCCACACAUCGCUUUCAGUCCUUUCGCUACCUUCGUUCAGUUAACACGCCCUCGCCAUGUAAAACCGUCAAACUGGCGCGCUACUCAGAGUCCACCACCGUGGUGGUGGCUGAACCCGUAAACGAAGAGGCGGACUCUGAGAGCAAAACAUGUGGGAAGAUCUUAGUGUUCCUAUCCUGGGUACUCGUUUGUUUGACUAUGCCCUUUUCCCUCUUCAUCUGCUUUAAGGCCGAGGACGAUGCUUCAUUAUUUAUACCCCGCAGAACGCUAUGCACCGUCGGGUCUGGUUCUGGUCAGGCGACAAAUGCCCUUACUCCCCGUAUGCAGACUAGCGCUUACGGUGGCACUUCGGGCGUCGUUGAUCGAGAGAUGAUCAUAUCUCGAUCCCCGACGCCCGGAGUGUCGCCUAAGCGGCAUCUUCAACAUAUCUGA